AUGAAUUUUUCAAAUUCAUCAAACUCUAUAACACAUUCAGCAAAUGAAACAUAUGUCAAAUUGGGUAGUGUUAAUGAUAUUUCGUUAUCCAUGUCGUCAUAUGAUUCCAAUAAAUCUCCACAAGACAGAUGGCGUAGUCGGGUACUAAAUCGUUCAUUAAUAGCAAAAGGCACCAAAGCUGUUAAUUCAUUAUCUUCAGUUAAAGAAUUUUUUGAUAAUGCACGAAUAGUUCAACAAUUAUUAUAUACAAGUGUAGCAAAUCUAGAACGUGUACCAACAAGUAUACCGCAUGAAGAUUUAUGUUAUGGAGCUUGGCUAGAUUUUAAUUUAUGUAUAAUGCAUACAGAAAUAAUAUGA